GUCGAAAUCGUCAGUUUAAAAAGUUUCAAACACGAGGAAACAUGGCGAAAUUCUUUGCUUUUCUUUUGCUGCUCGCCUUCGUUUGCUUGUUAAGCGACGCUGCUUCCAUUAAAUCUGGUGAGGAUGAUGCCAUUGAGGAAGGAAGGAAAUGCGUCUCGGGUGCAAGUUACUACGACGGAUGCAAUUGGUGCCAGUGUCAUCACGAAAGACAUAUCAGCUGUACUUACAAGCUUUGCACAGUAUUAAAUCCAGAAACUGGUAAUAUGGAGCAAGCCAAAUUGUUGCCACCUCCUGAUAGUUUUUGGGCGAAGGAUUAAUGAAAUUAAUUCUAUUUAAUUUAUUUUAAUUAAUAAAUUAAACUAUUUGAAUAAGAUAUCAUAA